AAAAAAAGAAUUAUUUGUGCAAAGUUACGCCCAACUCAGAUGAAAUGGUGCGUCAGCGUGCGUCACGAGAGAGUGGCAUAAUUCAAAUAAACAAUAUUCCACCUCUCUUUGACUUUUUUUAGUGGAUGGUCUCAUUCUGUUUGUGACACAUAUGCUACAAAACCAUGAUGUUUUUUACUACCAAAACACAGUAUUUUGAGUGUAAGUUAUUCCAUAACGGAUACAAACAAUACUUUCCCCGAUGAAAUGAGACGUAAACAAAGGAAUUACAAUUCAUAUUACUAUGUUAUUGCUUCGUUGGACUAAAAGUGGUCUUUGGGAUGUCGAUCAGUGGACCCUUACCUUUCUAACUAAACCGGGAUUUACAGCUGUGGAUGUGUUUAUGACUCAUUAUUAUGACAAAUCUGGUAUUUACUGCGUUUUGAUUAUGCAUGUCUUGAUGUGUACUGCUUAUGCAUUUAGCAAAUACAUUCCUUAUAAGCUUUCCAUUGAAAAACAGCAAUCUGUCGUUGAUGCUUGAGGCUUAGACCUUUAUAAUGAUAUAGUUUGUAAAGAUUCAUUUUGUCCUGUUUCAUUCAAUCUAUUAGUAAACAUUGACACAUGCAAACAAAGAGUGUUCAGUGUGCUGGCAUCCAGGUGCGGGUUAACAGGUUAACUAGUAUAAUUUCACAAUACUUCUUACACCCCUGUUCGGUUUCUUUGUUUAAUACUUUUUACCACUAUGAUUAGUUCUCCAGACUUGGUGGCUUUCACUAAAGAAAGAGAUUUCAGUGAAAUAGCCAAAGACCCCUCAGCACUUCCUGAGGAACUGUCUGUUCCCAUGUAUGCCUACACUGGGGACACCACCCCAUGGUCCAAGAUGUCUGGUGCUAAUUUUAAGAAGGACUUUAUCAUUUUAUCAGAGUUUUCAGAGCAAGUUGGGCCAAAGCCUUUGCUUACAGUUCCUCCUGAAACCAAGGCUUUUGGAACAUUUGAUUUAAACCACUUCUCCCUUCGGAUCAUGUUAGUGGACUAUCAGACCUUGCUCAUCAGCCUGGCAGGUUGUAGCUCUUUGAAACUGAACUUUGUAGAAGACUCAAAAGUAUUUUUAGGGGAUUCUGAAGAAGGAGCAUUUGCAUAUGCGCACCACCUUAUGCUCUAUGACUUGGAGGCUCAAGGGUUUGUGCGACCUCUUUACCUUGCCUAUGUGUCAUCUGAUGAGAAUAACAUUAUACAGCAAUUCCAAGUCACCUUUAUUUAUAUAGCGCUUUUAACAAUACAGGUUGUGUCAAAGCAACUGAACAACAUUAAUUAGGAAAAUAGUGUGCCAAUAA